CGCGCACUCACAGUUCCCUGUACAGACCUCAGGAGGGAAGACAUUAGAUUCUGAAGUAGCCUGAAAAUAACGGAGGAUGGCCUUGCUUAAGACCGCUUUGCUUCUCUUCAUUUGUCUUGAAGGCUGUGCUCUGACUUCGGGUUUGAAUAUCGAUGGAUUGCAAAAUGUUCCAGAUUCCCUGAGAGCAAAUGGGGACGUCUGCCAGGACUGCACACAAAUUUUUCAACUACUUGCUGACCUGUUUUCCAAUGCAGACCUCCAGAAAAAAAUCAUGGAUGGCAUUGACAAUCUGUGUGCCCACCUGCCUGGGCCAGCUGGCAAAUUCUGCAAAGACGAGGUGGAGAAGAUGCUUCCACUGGCCAUCAACUUCAUUACUAGUAUUGUAAAACCAGCAGAGGUCUGCAAAAUCAUUGGGCUGUGUGGCUCCUGUGACAAGCAGGAGAAGAUGCUCCACUAUUUUGUCAAGGAGGCCCUUCAGGUCGCUGUGACAAAUGAAAAUGUGCAGCCUUCAACACAAUGCUCCUUCUGCAUUUUUCUUUUAAAGACUUUGGAGGGCCUGCUACCUAAAGAAAGGACAGAGGACGCUGUGAUCAAGCUGCUGGAGGAGAUCUGUCACAUUUUGCCCUCCUCAUACCGGGAUCAGUGUGAGGCUGUCAUUGGCAAGUUUGGAAAGACUGUGCUAGAGGCAAUCCUAGGCUACGCCACCCCUCAGGCCAUCUGCGCUCUCAUCCACCUGUGUGAAGGACAAGAGGCUCCUCUUGUAGAUCCAUGCACUUUGACAACGUACAGGUGCAGAGACUUCAAGACCGCUCUCAAAUGUGGAACUGUGUUUUACUGUCAGAGAUUUGCCUGGAAACCUCUCAACUACAACACGCUUUAAAAUGUUGGGGUGGGACUAAGAAUAUGAGUCAACCUCUCUGCCUGGAUGACCCAGAUCUUUCAUUGUCAAAAUAUCAAAAUAUUUCUCUAACUGCUUGACACUUCGGAUUUCUUUCAUAUACUAUUUGAUGAUACUGAUUUGAUAUAUUACUGCAUUUUGGGAUUUGGCAUGGUACAUAGUAAAGUGAAUAAAGAAAUGUGAAUUGAUUAUUUGAACUUCAGAAGGAGAAGGAAUGUUGAAAAGAUAUGAAAGCUUGACUGUUAGAUCAGAAAGUUGAAUGAUUGCUACAAAGGAAGAGCAUGUUUCACAAUUAUUAAGUAUACUUAAUAUUUCUAACUAAGUUUUUUCUUCAGAUGUUUGUACUAAAUAACCUUUAUUUUGUAUAUUAUCUUUGAAGUUCCUUCUUGUAAUCUUUCCCACAGAUGAUCUCAGGAGAAUUAUCUGAAUAAAUGUUAUAACGUUUGGAUAUUA